AUGGACGAAGAUCAAUGGGCAUAUUACAGUGUGAUGUCCGAAGAAGUCUUUGCAACCCGAGAAGAUGUUUUGAAGUGGGCUCGAACGGUUGCCCAUGAAAAUGGUUUCGUUGCAGUAAUUAUGAGGUCUGAUACAUAUACUGGCAGCAGAGGAAGAACUUCCUUUGUGUUAAUUGGGUGUGAAAGGAGCGUGCAUGGAGGUGAAGGUUGGGCGGUGAAGCUGAUAUGUGGGAUUCACAACCAUGAAUUGGCGAAGACCUUAGUUGGACAUCCAUAUGCUGGGAGAUUGACAGAUGAUGAGAAGAAUAUCAUUGCUGAUAUGACGAAGUUGAAUCUGAAACCAAGAAACAUCCUGCUAACGUUGAAGGAGCACAACAGCAACAACAGUACCUACAAAACAAAUAGGUACAGGCUCCCAUUGCUUGACAUUGUGGGGGUGACACCAACCGGAAUGACUUUCUCUGCUGGGUUUGCUUAUCUGGAGGGUGAGCGCGUGAACAAUCUUGUAUGGGCAUUGGAACGGGUUAAAUCUGCUCAUUGGUCUUUGAAAAGGAUAUUACAGAAUAGCGUUGGAGACCUCUGUAGUGUUUGGGAUGCAAUGAAAAACAUGAUGAUGUUGCAGCACACUGAAAUUAGAGCAUCAUUUGAAACAAGUACGCAUGUCGUUGGUCAUGUUUUUAAGAAAACCUUAUACAAGAGGCUUCUGGGAAUGGUGUCAAGGAACGCUUUAAAUGAAAUUUCGGUUGAGUUUGAGCGUGUACAUCAAUUGAAAGACAAUCUGUCUUCUUGUGGGUGUGUCUUGAGAACCACGCUAGGUCUUCCUUGUGCAUGCGAGCAACAAAGGUAUGAGGGUGGCAGCAUCCCACUGGAUGCAGUCCAUAUGUACUGGAGGAGACUUAAUUUUUCAGACCAGGGGCUAUGUGAUGCCGAAGUGAGAAUCAAGGAAGAGAUUAAUAGAAUACAUAAAAGAUUCGAGGAACUUGAUGUUUGCGGGAAAGUUACUUUCAAGAGUAAACUCCGAGAAUUUGCGUUUCCCGAUGAGACCUCUAUGUGUCCUCCUCCAACAAAGGUUAAGACGAAAGGUGCCCCAAAAAAGCAUCACUUGGCAAGGAUCAACAAAGCAUCAUCUUUUGCACCACCGAAGCCAGCAAGGAUGAUCCCCAUGUUGGAUCAAUUUCCGCCAUUUAUGCAUGGUUUCAUUGAGGAUGUUGUUGAUGUGAAAGCAGAUGGUAAUUGUGGAUAUCGGUCAGUUUCCACUUUGUUAGGUAUGGGAGAAGAGUGUUGGGCCAUGAUGCGUAAUGAAUUGAUUAAAGAACUUGGCAAAUGGUCGCAAGACUACAUAAAGAUCUUUGGUGGCACGGAGAGAUAUGAACAGUUGAGGUUGUCCCUACACGUGGAUGGGUUAUCCAAUGUUAGUAUGGACAAAUGGAUGGAUAUAACGGAUAUGGGAUAUGUAAUUGCGUCAAGAUAUAAUGUAAUCCUUGUAUCAUUGUCACGACAACAGAGCUUCACAUUUUUUCCUCUCAGAAGUCGACCACUGGCCGAUUCUGCUGCGCACCGCAUAAUAUGCGUCGGUUUAUCUGAAAGAUCGUUGUCCCUUACCGCCUAUGGCGUUGUUGUGGUCAAGCAAUGCGUAUCCGGAGGCAAAACAAUGGCCAACUGA